GGGACUCGCCGCCUCCCAGGGCCCCACAUGGGCGGGGGGAAUGUGCCACAGUGCGGUUACACUGUGCCGAGGCGGGACUGCCCUCCCCUGGGAGCCUGCUGCUGCGGGACUGUAGCGCUCCGACGUGCGUCAUGGUGCGACUGGGGACUGUGCGACUAUGUCUGCCUGCUGCUGCGCUUUGCCUGUUAGUCAGGUUUUCAAGAAAGGCUUUUACAUUGUGAAACUUGAGAAGUUUCUUGCAACCUAAUGCCAUGAACCUUGAGGUGGCCCAUAUGGAGGAAAAGGCAGUCCACUCUUGGUCAAGACUUUCAUCUGCUGGAAAAAGGGCUUUUGAAGAAGCCCUGAGGGUUUUCAACCCAAUGUCGAAAGACUUGACAGACACUGAGACACAGUUGGUGACCUUCCUUCAAGGUCUUCGAGAGGAAGGCUUUCAGCCAACCAUCUUGAGCAGCAAGGAUGUCUAUGGUUAUAAUUCCACAACUGCAGAUGCUCCUCCUCCUCCAGUCUCCAAAUGUCCACCAAAGAAUGCCUCUACAGUAUCAGCACCAUCUAAAGCUCAAUCAAAAAGCACAGUAAGCAAAGCAUCAAGUACGUCAGUGGCUAUCUCUGUACACUCUCAUAGAGCCGCAAAAAAAGAUUCUUCUGAAAGCUCUACAAAUCUUUUGUUGCAGUCUUUAAACCAGGAGAAGACUGAUCAAUCAGAUGUGUCAGCCACAGCCUUUCCAUCCAGUAUGUAUCCUGGUGUUUACCCUGCAAUGAGAUUGUCGGUUGUCCUUGAAGCAUUGGUUCCGUUAAAUGAAACUGCAUCCUCUUUGGAGUCGAAACUUAAUCAACACUCAAUAGUUGUUGCCUCAAAGGGAACGGUCUCCAAAUGCUCAUCAGAACUUGUAGAUGCCAAAGCCUAUCAGUGUUUGCUAAAAAAUGCGACCGAUCUGGAGAACCAUAUUGCUCCUCUAAAUGGAAAACUCUUAAAAGGACCCAAUGGCAAAAUAUUAAAAGAGAACAAUGCUAGCAAAGCCUCUGGGAUACUGAACGGGCAAAACGGAAUUAGUUCUUCCAAGAGCUACAAUUGCUUGGUUCAGACGAAACACAACUCUAAAGUACAGAAAGAGGUUUUGGGUAAAGCCCAAGCUUUAGUUGGGCAGAACUUGCACAGUACUACCUGCAAAAAGAGAAAGCUAGCCGAUGACAUUCAGGACCAUCACUCCGGUAACAGAAAUCACUCUGCUGCUCUGGAUAAAAAAGCCACAGUUAGUAAGGAAAAAUUGGAUUCACUCCGAUCUAAAGUCAUAAAAGUGGACAGAUCAUUUUCUGAUGAUGAGCUCAGGAGAAGAGCCCAAAACAUCCUCCGAGUGAACCUCUCCCCUGUUAUCCGAAUCCAGCCCUUGUCCCUAACAAUCGUUUAAAAUCUCUCCUUUUUUUCUUCUAACCGUAAUGGAUUGCAUUUUAUUCUUUUAAACUGUUUUUUGGAGAUCCGCUAACGAUACCAUAAGGGAGAUACUCUGACAAACAAUAUUUGGGAUGUAUUUUGUCUGUGGCGGCCCAGCCACUGUUACCCCUAAACCUAAAGACCAUACGUCCAGGGAGAAGGUGGUACUGGAGCAGGGAAAGGGGGAAACAAUCUGGUAACAAGUCUUUUAAAAUAAGUUCUUUAAUACAUGGCAGUAUGUAUAUUUUGUGCAAUAGAAAAGAAACAUUUUGUUAAAGUAUAUGCACUGUGACUUUUUUUUUUUUGCUUCUACUUUUGAAUUGCAGAAAUGUCUUAUACUAGGGAUACCCAACGUUCAGCACUUUUGUGGGACUGCAGCUUCCAGUAUCUGGUGGGCUUGGGGGAUACUUUUAAGUUCUUCCCCUCCAGCUCUGUAGAACUGCUGAGUGCUGAAUUUUGCUUGUCCCUGGUUUUAUUUUUGGGGAGGAGUGGCUUAACUAUUGUCUCCAUGACCUAAGAACUGUUAGUGGCACUUUAUUUCCUUUGUAUAUUUAUGUUAUUAAAACACACACACACAAGUUCA